AUGAUCAGGAUCUUCCCGGAUUUCAGCGUCCAGGUGACGGCCUCGGCAGCCGGAGGAGCCGGGGCUGGAGGGGGUGGAGGCGGUGGAGGGGGAGGGAUGGUGACCGGACCCCCGGUGGGUCGCGUUCCGGUCCCGGUCCCCGGAACCACUAACGGGACCCCGCAGAGCGUCCAGGGAAUCACCGCCUACCAGCAAAGUGACCCCUACUGGGAGCGGCCGGCUAAUGCAGGCAGCUGCUCCGCCGCCCGGCCCAAGACCCUGCACCUGGCCGGCCAGCAGCACACCUCCUCGCCAUGGCUGCAGGCUCUGAGGAAGGAGAAGUCGCGGGACGCGGCCCGGUCGCGGCGGGGGAAGGAGAACUUUGAGUUCUACGAGCUGGCCAAGAUGCUGCCGCUGCCGGGCGCCAUCACCAGCCAGCUGGACAAAGCCUCCAUCAUCCGGCUCACCAUCAGCUACCUGAAGAUGAGGGACUUCGCCAACCAGGGAGACCCGCCGUGGAACCUGCGCAUCGAGGGGCCGCCGCCCAACACCUCCGUCAAAGCGAUCGGUACGCAGCGCAGGAGGAGCCCCAGCGCCGUCGCCUCAGAGAUCUUUGAACCUCACCUCGGCAGCCACAUCCUGCAGUCUCUGGAUGGAUUUGUAUUUGCACUAAACAAGGAGGGCAGGUUCCUGUACAUCUCUGAGACUGUGUCCAUCUACCUGGGACUGUCACAGGUGGAGCUGACGGGCAGCAGCGCGUUCGACUACAUCCACCCCGGCGACCACGUGGAGAUGGCCGAGCAGCUGGGCAUGAAGCUGCCGCCGGGCCGAGGCAUGUUGCUGUCGCAGGGCGCCGUCAACGAGGACGGGGCGUCGUCGGCUUCGUCGUCGUCGCACUCCGAGACGCCCGAGCCAGUGGAGUCGAACAGCCCGAGUCUCCUGGCUCCUGACAACUCUCUAGAACGAUCUUUCUUCAUCCGGAUGAAGUCGACGCUCACCAAGAGAGGAGUCCACAUCAAGUCCUCAGGAUAUAAGGUGAUCCACAUCACGGGCCGCCUGCGGAUCAGGAUGGCUCUGACUCACAGUCGCUCGGUGCCCAAUCAGAUCAUGGGGAUGGUGGUGGUGGCUCACGCUCUGCCGCCGCCCACCAUCAACGAGGUCCGCAUCGACUGUCAGAUGUUCGUCACCCGCGUCAACAUGGACCUCAACAUCGUCUACUGCGAGAACAGGAUCAGUGACUACAUGGACCUGACUCCGGUGGACAUCGUGGGGAAGCGGUGCUACCAGUUCAUUCAUGCUGAAGAUGUGGAGGGAAUCAGACACAGUCAUCUGGACCUGAUGAAUAAGGGUCAGUGUGUGACGAAGUAUUACCGCUGGAUCCAGAAGAACGGCGGCUACAUCUGGAUCCAGUCCAGCGCCACCAUCGCCAUCAACGCCAAGAACGCCAACGAGAAGAACAUCAUCUGGGUCAACUACGUCCUGAGUAAUCCAGAGUAUAAAGACACGCCCAUGGACAUCGCCCAGCUGCCAAACCUGCCAGAGAAAACCUCAGAGUCGUCCGAAACCUCCGACUCCGACUCCGAGUCCAAGGAAAACUCCGACAACGAAAACUCCAAGUCGGAGGGGAAGCCGGGCCACCAAUCAGAGCGCACCGAGGAUCCGGAGGCGGACACCAAGCGUCAGCCGCAGCCCGGCCAAUCACAAUCCUCCUCUGAACAGGAAAUGAGGCGCCAGGAAGAAGGAGACAGCUCGAGUAACCCCGAGAGCCAGGACAGCGAUGACAGCCUGGAGCCGUCUGACGGAGAGGGGGAGGAGCAGGAGGAGGCCAGGGGAGGGGGAGGAGGCGGAGGGGGAGGAGGAGGAGGUGGAGGCGGAGGUGGAGGACGGCUGGGGAGGAUAGGAGGUCUCGGAGGACUGGGAGGACUGGGGGCCAUCGGCGGACUGGGGAAUCUGGGUGGGCUUCAUAUUAAAGUCGAGCAUUACGGAGAGGGGGAAGGCGUGGAGCUGCACAACUCGCAGUCCUCCUCGUCCGAGGAGGAGGAGGAAGAGGAGGAGGACGACGAUGAGGACGACGAUGAAGAUGAGGAGGCCGGGAGCGUCAAAGACGGUGACAGCGCCAACGACGUCACGAGCGCCAACACGACGGCGCAGGCGGCCAGCAAGCUCCAGAAGAGGAGGAAGAGGAGGAAAAAGCAGAAGUGGGACGGAACCCGAAGCAGGAGGCUCCGCCUUUCCUCGACCACGCCCAGCCCGGUCGCCAUGGGAGACACCGCGCCAUUGGUUGAUCCCUCGCAGGCCACGGCCGCCUCCUCCCACCUCCUGCCCGCCUCUGCCUCGCCGAACAGUGCGGCGGCGGCGUCCUCGGUCCUGAAGAUCAAGACGGAGAUGUCGGAACCCAUCAACUUUGACAACGACAGCAGCAUCUGGAACUACCCGCCCAACAGGGAGAUCUCCAGGAACGAGUCUCCGUACAGCAUGACGUCCAAGCCGGCGGCUCCAGGAGCGCACGAGACCUUUCCCUCCCCGCAGGGAGGCUCCCUCCAGGUCGCCAUCCCCGACUCCGUCCUCACCCCUCCUGGAACCGAGGGAGGAACAGGAGGCUCAAGGAAGCCUCCCUACAACGGAAGCUCCGCCCCGUCCUCCGCCUCCAGCGCUGCGAGUUUAGCUCCUCCUUCCAGUGCCUCCUCCUCGGACCCCCUGUCUCCUCCUCUCUCCGCCUCACCACGGGACAAGCAACAAGGCACGCCCACCACCUCCUCCUCCUCCUCUUCUUCCUCAUCCUCCUCCUCCUCGUCCUCAUCGUCCUCCUCCUCGCUGCUGUACUCCGGCGACCUCGAGGCGCUGCAGCGUUUGCAGGCGGGUAACGUGGUGCUCCCGCUGGUCCACCGGGUCACGGGCACGCUGGCGUCGACCAGCACGACGGCCCCGCGGGUCUACACCACCGGGACGAUCAGGUACGCGCCGGCUGAUGUCACCCUCGCCAUGGCGCAGGGCAACCUCCUCCCCAACGCCGCCAUGAACUUCGUCGACAGCUCCGGCUUCGGCCUGGACCCCAAGACGCCCAUGGAGAUGCUCUACCACCACGUGCACCGGCUCAACAUGUCGGCCGCGGCGGCCGCCGGCCCGUUCGUCGGCUCGCCGGCGGCGGCGACGGGCGGCAACGGCGCGCUCGGAGGCCAGAUGCCGACGGCGGCCAACGUCUUCACCACGGCGGAGGGACUCUUCUCGACGCUGCCGUUCCCGGUGUACAGCAACGGCAUCCACACCACGCAGACGACUCUGGAGAGGAAGGAGGAUUAACGCGAAACGAUCAAGACCGCAUUACUGUGUUCCGGAAUCGACAACUGUGUCAAAGUAAAAGACUACUCACUAGUA